AUGAUAAGAGACAGUCAUGUCCUUUUUUUUCAAGGCCCCCAAAAUCCCCACUUAUUGUUCUUUCUAACCACCCCAAACGACCACGUUAACGCCGAACGGCCCCCGGGCUCGCAUAAGCUUAUCCGCUCCGGCGCCACCACGACUGACAAAGACGACGAUGCACACUUCCUCUUUUUCUGUCUCACUUAUCGGGCCAUUUCUACUUUAUCAAGCCUGAGUUCCGAUACGAAAAUACCACCAGCUCGUUGGUUGCCCCACAACUGCGAAUCGGGAAGGAUGCUUAGCCGAACAUGUACGCGGUGCCGAGCUCGCAAAAUCAAAUGCGAUCGCCAAAAGCCGUGCAAGGGAUGUGUUAGCACUGAAUCCAAAUGCAUCUAUCCUCCGGGACAGGGGAGAGCACCUAAGCGACCGCGAAAAGUCGUUAAUCAACGGGUGCUUGACCGGUUGGAACGUCUUGAGUCAGUCAUAAAACGCAUGGCUAGUGAAGCGGACGAUGACUUACCCGAAGCACCUGCGCAACCAAAGCAAAAAUCGGAUUUCCUCGGGCUGGAAGAACUUCAGGUUGAUACAAGCUCUUUGGAUCAGCAGACUGGUCGGCUGGUGGUUACUGAUAACCGCAGCGUCUAUGUGAGCAACAUCUUGUGGGCGAGCCUUGGCGAUGAGAUUGAAGAAUUGCGAGAUAUGUUAAAUGAACUUGAAGAUACGGACGAGUCAGACGGCAUACUUGACGAUGAACCCUCGCCUUCGUCGGUUUCAAUAGAUGAAAGUGCCGCUAUCAUGGGACUACAGACAGCGUCACAAUCUUUAUACUCAUAUCAUCCGCAACCCUCUCAGGCUGCGGCUUUGUUUGAGACCUUCAAAGAGAACAUUGUGCCACUGGUGCAUAUUUUUCACAUGCCAACUCUUAUCCCUAUCUGCUGGCAAGCCUUUUCAUUGCCGGAAACCCUGGACUGUAAUACCGAGGCAUUAAUGUUUGCCAUCUACUAUUCAGCCAUCAUAAGUAUGGAUUCGCAGCAAUGUGAAGACAUUCUACGUCUGUCACGAACAGCUGCGCUCAAACAUUACCAUUCUGCAAUGAAGCAUGCUAUAGCGCGCGCAAAAAUCCUUAAUACCCAGAGUACGGUUUUGCUUCAAGCAGUCGUUCUGUUCUUAUCUGCAUUGCGCAACGAAGAUGCGUCCAGAACAUGCUGGUCCCUCACGGCGCUUAUUUUCCACGCCGCUCGGGCAAUGGGCCUGCACCGAGACGGUACAGAAUUCUUUUUGUCUCCCCUGGAAACAGAAUUACGGAGACGACUCUGGUGGCAUAUCUGUUUGCUGGAUAUCCGAUCGGCAGAGUAUCACGGAUUCGAGCUCAUCGCGCAAGAGUACAUGUUCGACACACGAUUACCGCUGAAUAUAAAUGAUAGUGAUCUGACAGCCGAGAUGAAGGACUUCCCUAUUGAGCAUGAAGGAACAACAGAGAUGACCUACUGCCUCAUUCGCUGUGAGGUGUUGCGCGUUAUGUGGAAAACGGGCUAUGUGCAGUUUUGCAGGGGCGAUACGUCGAAAGAACUUUCUUUCUCGAACCGAGUAUCUCUGGUCAAUGAUCUCCAGCGCACACUGGAGGAGAGAUAUUUGAAAUAUUGUGAUUUGAGUAUCCCGUUGUUCAAGGUCUGUCAGGCUGUGGCGCGACUCACAAUCGCUCGUACAUGGCUAGUUUUAUACUACCCUCUCCUUCAAAAGAGGAAUCAUUGCGAUCUUAUCCCAGGGAUACGAGACAAAUUAUUCUUUACUUCGCUCAAGAUACUUGAGCUUUCCCAGGGAUUGUUGAGGGAUCCGAAUAUCAUCCAUUUGAGUUGGCAUUCCAAAACCCAUGUUCAAUGGCAUGCCGUUGCAUUUCUUCUAUCGGAGAUUUGCUUGCGCCCUCCAUCUGGUGACUGUGAUCGUGCCUGGGGGUAUAUACAAACCAUUUAUGAAUGCUGGAAACUAAAGAAGAACAAAGGAGACCUAUGGCUUCCUUUAAAGCGCUUGAUGGCUAAGGCGAGCCAUGCACGCGAGAUCGAAAGGAUGUGUGAUUUUGGCACGCAAAUGGCGGAUCUUCCGGCAACUGGACAUUCUGUAUCCCUGGAUGCAGUUACGGGCGAUUUUACCAAAGUACCACCUUGUACUACAAAUGCCUUUUCGACUCGCGAUGAAAUCGGUCCGCAACUCAGUGAGCAGAAUGGUGUUUGUUCCACCGAGUCUUGGGAUCCGUUUUUCAAUCUGAUUGCCGACGACAGUAUAUUGGAAACAAUAUCCUACCAGCAGAGUACGCUCGAUAUUGACAACAUUAUAAGGGAUUGGGCGGGUGAGUUUAAUGAGACGGAGAUAAGUAUGGGGAAUUAA